AUCAACACACCUCUCUCUCUCUCUCUCUCUCUCUCUCUCUCUCAGCUCAAAACUAAUUGGGAUACUCAUAUCAGUGUCCAUGGCCUUCUUUUGUGCAUCCUCUUCUCCCUCCAAACCUCAAAAUGGUUUCAAAAAUAUCCAAAAUACUGAAAAGAUUACUUACCUCAUCGAUGAUACUUGUAUGCAAAAGGCACAAGGAAGCAGCAUUGCCCAAGAUCAAGCCGUCAAUUAUUUUCCCACGGAAGACUACAAUUUUCUUCCAGAAUAUCACAGUUCCACGGAUGAUUUUUAUGUUGAAUACUUGCAAAAACUAAAGAAAUUCAAAAAUAUACUUAGCAAGUUAGUUGAAGUUCCUUUCGAAGGUUUGAACAUGGUUGAUGCAAUCCUGCGCUUAGGAAUUGAGUACCACUUCCAAGAGGAGAUUGAAACAAUCCUAAAAAGGCAGUAUAUGAUUUUUAGCGGUCAUGCAGGUCAUGAUCACGAUCUUUAUGAGGCUGCACUGCGUUUUCGAUUAUUGAGACAAAAUGGCUAUCAUGUUUCUGCAGACGUGUUUAACAAAUUCAAGAACAAAGAAGGAAACUUUAACUUGGAGUUAGGUGAACACAUAAGUGGAUUGAUGGAAUUAUAUGAUGCGUCAGAGGUAAGCAUCAAUGAGGAAGACUUACUUGAUGAAGCUAAAGACUUCAGUCGCCAUCUUCUCGAAGCAAACAUCAAAAAUCUUGAUCACCAACAAGCUAGAUUCAUUCUAAACACAUUGGAGCAUCCCUAUCAUAAGAGUUUGCCAAGGUUCAUGGCUAAGGGCCUCCUUGACAAUUUCGAAGGGGCAAGGGGUUGGGUAAAACAUUUACAAGAACUAGCAAAGAUGGACUUCAAAAUGGUCCAGUCCAUACACCAACUGGAACUUCUUCAAAUUUUCAAAUGGUGGAAAGGCUUAGGUCUGGCUAAAAAGUUGAACUUUGCGAGAAAUCAACCACUUAAAUGGUACAUGUGGACAGCGGCUUGCCUCACAGAUCCAAGCCUGACAUAUCAAAGGGUUGAGCUCACAAAACCUAUAGCUAUGGUUUACGUGAUAGACGACAUGUUUGAUGUUUACGGAACACUAGGUGAACUCACUCUCUUCACAAAUGCGGUGAAUCGAUGGGAAUUAUCAGCAACUGAGAAACUACCAGACUCUUUGAAGAUAUGUUUCGUGGCUCUUUAUGACAUUACCAAUGAAAUCAGCUACAAGGUCUACCAAAGGACCGGAUGGAACCCUAUAGACUCCCUAAAAAAAGCGUGGGCCAGAUUGUGUAAUGCCUUCCUAUUAGAAGCACAAUGGUUUGCUUCUGGGAACAUGCCAAAGGCAGAGGAGUACAUGCAGAAUGCACUUGUGAGUACAGGAUUGCAUGUGGUGCUAGUUCACAUGUUCUUUCUCUUGGGUGAGGGAAUUAGCAAGGAUACUGUUGAUCUUCUGGACAGCAAUCCCAGCAUUACAUCUUCCAUAGCCACAAUUCUUCGACUCUGGGAUGACCUCGGAAAUGCCCAGAACUCUCACAAUCUCUCAACUUUCAGACCUCUCACGCUGCCACCCCCUGACCCACGUCGCUGACACAUGACGCCGCAAAUCCAGCUCUGACCACGGCAACCCCCACCACCACAUCAGUCACAAAUCCAACCAUACCCACACUCAUCAAACCCACCACCAUCAAUAUCAAUCACCACCAUGGCAACCCCCACCACCACCACAUUAAUCACAAACUCAACCACACCCAAACUCAACCACACCCACACUCAUCAAACCCACCACUACCAGGAAAAAUAAAAAAAAAUAAAAUCGGCAAAACCCACGGCCAAAAUGGUUUCUUCUGCAAUUUUUUCCUUUGAACCAAAAAAAAAAAAAAACAUGAACCAGAGGUUGAUAGAGGCGUGGUGGUGGACCUAGUGGCGUUGCUUUAGUUGGGCUGAGCGGAAUUGAAGCUUGUGUCUUGGACAGAGAAAUAAAGAGAGAACAGUUGAAAAAUGGAGAAGGAGAUGAGAAGAAAAAGUAACAAAAAGAUAAAAAAAAAAUAAAAAAUAAGAAAUUGUUGAAAGUUAAAAGGUGUGGCUAAGGCCCGGGUGGAUGAGAUAAGAGGACUACGUGUGUGGAGGAGAAAAAUAAAGAGGAAAAAAAAAAAAAAAAGCAGGAGAAGAAAGAAACGUGUAUUUGGAUGAAAAAAAAUAAGAUAGUGGGAAAAAUAAAAUAAAGAAUAAGAAGAAAUUAAAAUUAAGAAAUGUUACCAUAAUAUUUUUGCAAUAAAUUUUAAGUGGUAGGUUAUUACUAUCUAAUAUUGGUGAGAAAAAAAAAAUUUUGAUGGUGGUGAUUGCGGUGGCGGAAGAGUCGGCGGCGGUGGCGGUGGAGGCGAUGGUAGUGGCAGCGGUAGCGGUUGCGGGUAGUUGUAAUUGUUAUUUAUUGUAAUGGAUAUAUUAUUUUAUUAUAGUUGAUAUAUUAUUUUAUUGUGAUGCUCAUAUUAUUUUAUUGUGUUGAAAAUUAAAAUAGAUCCACUGCUGCAGUAUGUGUGUAGAUAAAAUAGAUAAAGUAACUUUUGGUGGAGUUAAAAAGUUAAAUUUUUAACUCCACUGCUGUGAAUGCUCUAAAGGGCAGUGGCAUUUUAAUUUUAUUCUUUUAUCUUUUGAAGCGAGGAAUAGGACAGUCGCAUGUUAGAAGUCAAAGGAAAUUGAAUUUCCUCUCAUUUACUCCACCUUUUGUCGCAUUAACCACAGCCAUCCACGUGUAAGGGUCAUAGUUUUCUCAGAAAAAUAGGAAAAAUAAUAUUUUCCUAAGAGUAGAGGGAAACCAGUUUUUUCCACAACCCUUUCCACACUUUGUUAAAAUCACAAGUUGGGUGAAGUGGGAUGAGAGAACUUCACUUUUAUAUAAAUUUAUUAUUAACAUCAUUUUUAUAAUGAUCAUAUCAGGGCAAGUUAACAAUUAUUAAAAACAUUUCGUAAGUGAGUUUAGUAUCUUGUAAUUUUCGUUAAUUUAUUUGUUAAAU